GAAUGAAGGUGACAACAUUAUUUAUUUCGAUUUAUAUUACCUUGUUUUGUCCCCUUUGUGCGUUAGAGGGCAAACACAUCUGUAGUUAUACAAGGUCUGGGAAAAAAUACUUUGAUUGCUGCUUGGGAUAUAAAGAAAUGAAUGGUGUAUGCGUCCAAAAAGUCUGCUAUCCAGGAUAUGUGGGAAAAUACUGUAAUACAACAUGUCCAGAAAACUACUUUGGGCAGGGGUGUUCCUUUAAGUGUAAAUGUGAACAAACACAGUACUGUCACCACGCUUGUGGUUGUCUGCUUAGAUCAGUCAAAUCUGGAAACAUGUCAAAAGACGGAAAAAACUCAACCAAAAUCAGCAGAGAUGACAUAGUCCCGGAUAACUGCAUGGGCGAACUGAAAACAGCAACAAACAUUACAAGAGGUAAACUACAUCAUGUAUAA